UAGGUCUUAGGGCACAGGGCUGGCCCGCUUAGGGUAGACUCGCUUAGCACCACCAGCGAAAUUUCCCCAUGCCCGCAAAGUCACAUCGUCCGGAUCGCGCAAAGCAACCUCGACGUCGACAACUUCAACGACUCCCUCCUCCCGUCAUCCUCGACCUUCAAUCGCCAAUCUACCCAUAAUGGCUGACGCUCCCCGUGGACGUGGAGGAUUCGGUUCGCGCGGCGACCGUGGUGGUGACCGAGGCCGUGGCCGUGGCCGCCGUGGCCGUCGUGGUGGUCCGAAGGAGGAGAAGGAAUGGCAGCCUGUCACCAAGCUGGGCCGUCUCGUCAAGGCUGGCAAGAUCACCAGCAUGGAGCAGAUCUACCUGCACUCCCUGCCCGUCAAGGAGUACCAGAUUGUCGACUUCUUCCUGCCCAAGCUGAAGGAUGAGGUCAUGAAGAUCAAGCCUGUCCAGAAGCAGACCCGUGCCGGUCAGCGUACCCGUUUCAAGGCCAUCGUUGUCAUCGGUGACGGCGAGGGUCACGUCGGUCUCGGAAUCAAGACCUCCAAGGAAGUUGCUACUGCCAUCCGUGCCGCCAUCAUCAUUGCCAAGCUCAGCGUUCUGCCUGUCCGAAGAGGUUACUGGGGUUCCAACCUGGGUGAGCCUCACUCUCUGCCCACCAAGGAGAGCGGAAAGUGCGGUUCCGUCACUGUCAGACUUAUCCCUGCCCCCCGUGGUACUGGCCUCGUUGCCUCCCCCGCUGUCAAGCGUCUGCUCCAGCUUGCCGGUGUCCAGGACGCCUACACUUCCUCUUCCGGUUCGACCAAGACCCUCGAGAACACUCUCAAGGCCACCUUCAUGGCCGUCGGUAACACCUACGGUUUCCUCACCCCUAACCUGUGGACCGAGACCAAGCUCAUCCGGAGCCCGCUCGAUGAGUUCAGCGACGUUCUGCGCGAGGGAAAGAGGUACUAGGCGGUUUCUGAGAUGGGAAGACGUUUCUGAGGCUUGCAUGACUGUUUUCGAUCACAUAUUUCCCGUUUGUUCAGGCUGGAGGAUGGCGGAAAGCUUGCGAUGACUUCUCCGAUGCUCUGUUCACACACUGUACGGUUGCUAUGCGAUCCAUGGAUGUAGAUGGUUUUUUAUUCUGAAGGGAAAAAAGCAAAAGGAUUGACAGCAUCUAGCGCGGAGUCAAUAAAAAAAGCGACCCAUUCACCAGUCAUCUUUCCCGCGACGCCACGAGAGUCCGCGUAGAAUGACCGUAAUCGAUCCAAAUACCACUUUACAAUUUGCAGUCGAUAGCAAGCCACAUAAUAGUGAGAAAAAUGUCUUAUGCUGAAAUCAUAUACCCCUCACUUUCUGCGAAUAUGUCGAACGACCUAGAGACAAAAUUCAACAUGCAAAAUGUAAA